AUGAACCGUCUCUUUGGUGCAAAGAGUACGGCGCCAAAGCCGACUCUUACCGGUGCCAUAAAAAAUGCCGACGACCGAGUAGAGUCCAUCGACGUAAAACUCGCGGCCAUAAACGGCGAACUCCAAGGCUACCAAACAAAGCUCUCCAAAAUGCGAGAUGGGCCCGGCAAAACAGCCAUCAAGCAAAAAGCCCUCAAGGUACUGCAACGGCGGAAAAUGUACGAAGGCCAGCGCGAUCAGCUGCAACAACAAGCCUGGAACAUGGAACAAGCAGGCAUGAUGCAGGACAACCUGAAGAACGUAAUGACGACCGUGGAUGCAAUGAAGCAGACGAAUAAGAGCCUGAAACAGCAGUACGGCAAGAUAAAUAUCGACAAGAUUGAGAGGAUGCAAGACGAAAUGGCGGAUCUGAUGGAUAUCGGAAAUGAUAUUCAGGAGAGUAUAAGUCGGAGCUACGAUAUUCCCGAGGACGUAGAUGAGUCGGAGCUAGAUGCCGAAUUAGAAGCUCUGGGUGAGGAGGUCGAAUUUGAGAAUAUGGGGGCCGAGAGCACCCCGAGUUUUAUGGUUGACGAGGUGCCGCAGUUUAUUGAUGAGCCGCCGCAGAAGUCGGAUCAGGUUAAGGAAGCUGCUGGAUAG